UGCAGCCGCGAGCGUUUCCUCUUCAACGACAUUCUGAACUCUUAACCCCCCUCCUGAAAUGACACCUGCUUCCCCGGGCGCUGCACCUAACAGUCUCAACUCUAGCCCUGAUGUUUUGAUUGUUGUUUUUUGACAUUUACAUAUUUUACUCUUAUUUGUUAAUCGCCUCGGGGAAGCCGUGUGCAUUUGUGUUUUUCAGUCGUAUCUGGAUGAGAUUAACUUCAGCGUGCAGUUCAUUUGUAUUUUUAAAUCUUUUUCUGGGCCAGGUGUUGUUAUUUAAAGGGAUUGUUCACCAAAAAAGAAGACUUUGUCUUUUGUUCAGUCUCAUGUCAAAUCCUUUGUGACUUUGAUUCUUCUGUGGAACACAAAAAAAGUACAAUGGAAUCAAUGGGAUUCAGUGUAUUUCGGUAAUCAACGUUCUAAGAAAUAUCUUCACUUUUCCUAGGAGAAAGAAAGUCAAACAGGUUUGGAAUGACACGAGGAUGAAUAAAUAAUGAAAUCAUUUUAAUUUCUAGAUGAACUAUCCCUCCGCUUUAUAAUAAGAGCCAUUUUUUCCAUGCAUCACAACACGCCGGUUCAGUUUAGACACAGUGCAAGUGAUUAAUUUCUAAGCCAACAAUAAAGACGUUACCCGUAAUACUUAGAAACAGAAUUACAGGUAGUGUCAGCGCCAUAAAAAUACACAAUCCUGUUGUUCUGAGCUCGGAGUGUCAUUUGGUCUUUUAAAUAUUUAGUAAGCGAUGCUUCCAUAUGUAGGUGUACUUGGCAGAUGUUUGACAUAUAUUUGAGCAAAUAAAGGGAAUUAUGUUGCUUGAGAGGCGAUAAUGAAGCAAGCGUUUUGAAUGCAUAGAAAAAGUGGAAGUUGGCGUAUUGCUCUAGCCUGCAGUAUGCCAAAGAUAAAUCGCCUGGAGCGGUGCACGCGUUAGGCCCCAAACCCAAUCCCCCCGCCCACACCUCUCCUGUGGUUUACUGAGCCCUGAGUGCCAUUUUUUCAUUAUGAUUGGCUGCUCUGUCUCUCAGCUACUGAUUGGCUGCUGGAGGGUUUGGCUCUGGAACCACAGCUUCCUGUUUGAGAGUGGAUGGGGCAUCUGGUGGUUUCCCUGCAGAGGAAGUUAAGAACAACCUCUGUGGAAUGCAUCUUAAGCCACUGAUAGUUCAGCUUGUUUAUUUGAUUCUGCAAAGACCGGCCACAGUGAGAUUCUCCUUUUCAGACUUUUUUUGAACUUCAGUAUCCUGCGGGCCGCAGGUUAAGGUGGAAAUGUGUCAGGCGAAGGAUCUCCACUUUCUUUAAGAGCUUAAGAGAGCGAAAGCUUUUAUGUUGCUGUGGGUUUAAGUGUCUACGGUCAGUCAGGGCGAUACAGUUGUCACUCCAUAAACCCACACGUCUUCAAUUUUAAGCGUACUCUUGGUUGGGUUGUUGACGGUUGAAUAAGUCGGGAGUUAGAGAUGCACCGAUGUAUCCUGUUUUUUUAAUCAAUUUAAGACCAUCAGUUUAUCCGCUAAAACAUGAAGAAUACUGUUAAACAAACCAAUAGUUUCUUUUAAUAAGUAUUAAAAUAUAUAUCAAUAUUAUAUAUUAACGCAAAUUAAAUCAAUAAUUCAUGAUUUACAUUGAUGCAUCUCUUUUGGAAAUAUUCCCAUCCAGGGUCCAGAUUCAGGUCAUUUGGCUGUUUCUCAAACUGUUUUUUCCACCUGAUUUCAAAUAGAUCUGAUGCAUUGCUAUCCAUCACGUGCAUGUGUGUUUGCACACAUUUAUUGCACCCUCUAUGGAUGUAGAUGCCCAGAGGUCGCUUUAACCAAAAAUUCUCCGUCAUUGACAGCUUCUUUUACAAGUGAUGGAAAAUUCUGCAGCCCGUCGGUCAUUUUGACAGAUUACAAUAAGGACAAUUUGUAACUCCCCGUUUUGACACUUCCCUUCAUUAGAGGUUGAUCGUAGGUUACUAUCCCUGCCAUGAACAGGAUCGCAAAGCGAUGUGUGUUUCCCAUUCAUUACUUUACGUACAAUGCCUGGUCCGUUUUGGAAAACACGCGGGCGGUCAGCGGAACUUGCUGUGCAGAUGCAUCUGUCACAGACCUUUGAGUUGCGUGCACACAUACACACACACACACAGGCGUGCAGUGGUGCAGUGUUUUUUCCUUCAGAAAAGCAACUAGCUUCUUUUUGGAUAAACCUUAACUUUCAGUGAGUCUUUCUUGGCGUCUUCUCUGUUCAGUGAGCGGCAGAAGCAGCACAUUCAUGACCAAACCGCAGCUUACUUGUGAGUGAUGACGCCUCAUACCCAUAUGAUUCUGUCCCCUGGCAGCAAGGCCCCAAUCAGCCCGCCGGCUCCCUCUCUGUGGUAACCACAGUGUGGGGGGUAACCAAUCCUUCACACAGCCAGGUUUUUGGUGCUCCCAUGGGUCCAGGCGGAAACUCAGCCGGUGGUCAUAUGAUGCCUGGCAACAGUCCGGGCAUGAACUCCUCUCAGUUUAUGAGCCAGCAGGGCUAUCCUGAGCCCAACAAGGGCUACAUGCAGCAGGGCAUGUAUGGGCGGCCCAGUGGGGGAUACCCAGCGGGACCUGGAUACGGGGGCAGUUACCCCAAUAACGGAGGAGGUUCCCUCGGGAUGCCGCCCCAUGGAGUCCGUCAGCCCACAGACUUCACCCAGGCGGCCACCGCCGCUGCUGUGGCCGCAGCUGCUGCCACGGCGACGGCCACAGCCACGGCAACAGUCGCUGCGAUACAGGAGAAGCAAAACCAGGAGCUGAACUACGGGCCUAUGGGUGGUGCUUCCUCUUACAACACCCAGUUCCUGUCACACUCCGGACCCCGUGGCCCGCCAGGCAUGGGCCCCUCCGGGAUGGUCGGCUCCAGACCCCCUUCCAUGGGACCCAUGUACGGGCAGCAGAGCCAGAGGUUACCCCAGCAUCCGGUUUACCAGGGAGGCCAGCAGGGUCCGCCGCGACACCAACAGGGCCUGAAACGCCCCUACAACUCUGAUGGAUUUCCCGUACAGCAGUAUGGUCCCGGGAUGGGAGCCGGGGGCCCGUACCCAGGUCAACCCAUGCAGUAUCACGGUCCAGGGCCACAGCGGUCUGCCCCUUCCCCAUCUUACCCAACCCACAGAAUGCCUCUCCAGCAACCCAAUAUGGGCCAGUAUCCUGCAGGACCAGGAAACCCUGGCCAGUACUACAAGGCGGACCAGUUUAAUGGACAGGGAAACAAUCACAACAGUCUAUCAUCUGGAGUGGCAGCAGCCGGCUAUAACACCUUUAACCAAGCCGCUGUCAACGGGCCUGGACGGGCGAUGCCUGGAUACCCCAGCUCCCCCCUCCCGGGAAAUCCCACUCCUCCAAUGACCCCUGGCAGUUCUAUGCCCCCGUAUAUGUCCCCGGGCCAAGACGUCAAAUCUCCCUUCCUUCAUGACGUUAAACCCAACAUCAACUCUCUGCAGCCCCCUUCAGGCAACCCGAGUGAUGACUUGCGUCUGACCUUUCCUGUACGAGACGGGGUCGUGUUGGAGCCCUUCCGACUAGAGCACAACCUGGCCGUCAGCAACCACGUCUUCCAGCUGCGAGACUCCGUCUAUAAGACCCUCAUGCUGAGGCCGGAUCUGGAGCUUCAGUUUAAGUGCUAUCAUCAUGAGGACAGACAGAUGAACACCAACUGGCCGGCGUCGGUGCAGGUGAGCGUCAACGCUACGCCUCUCACCAUCGAGCGUGGGGACAACAAGACGUCCCACAAACCGCUGUACCUCAAGCACGUAUGCCAACCGGGACGCAACACCAUUCAGAUAACUGUCACGGCCUGCUGCUGCUCUCAUCUGUUCGUGCUGCAGCUGGUUCACCGGCCGUCCGUGCGCUCCGUUCUUCAGGGUUUGAUGAAGAAGAGACUGCUCCCAGCGGAGCACUGUGUCACUAAGAUUAAGAGGAACUUCAGCAGCGGUACCAUCCCAGGAACCCCCGGGCUCAAUGGGGAGGAUGGCGUGGAACAGACGGCCAUCAAGGUCUCCCUCAAGUGUCCCAUCACCUUCCGCCGCAUCCAGCUUCCCGCUAGGGGUCACGACUGCAGACACAUACAGUGCUUUGACCUGGAGUCCUACCUGCAGCUAAAUUGUGAGAGGGGAACUUGGCGCUGUCCUGUGUGCAAUAAGACUGCACUGCUAGAGGGACUAGAAGUGGAUCAGUACAUGCUGGGCAUUCUCAUCUACAUUCAGAACUCGGACUACGAAGAGAUCACCAUUGAUCCAGUAUGCAGCUGGAAACCAGUUCCAGUGAAACCAGAUCUGCAUAUUAAAGAGGACCCAGACGGCCCUGCCCUGAAACGCUGUCGCACCCUGAGUCCCAGUCACAUGAUCCUGCCCAACGUGAUGGAGAUGAUUGCUGCGUUGGGACCGGCCUCCUCGCCCUACCAGUCCCUACCACAAGGGGGCAGCAGCAGCACACCUGAUUAUCCCAGCCAAGGCGGUUCGGGAUAUUCUAACCAAUCAGGCUUUUCGGACUUUGCCAAUGCUCCGGGCACCCCCAACCUGGGAGAGUUUGCAUCUGGGCCGCCCCCUGUCUCCUACCAAUCUGACUUACCUAGUGGUCUCCUCACCCCUGAAAAACCAGUGGGACAUCCCAUGUCAGGACAGAUGUCCCACUCUAGUCGUAUGGACCCUUCCCACAAUCCCCUCCAACAGCAGCAUCAGGGGCUCCACAGUAAUGCCAACAUGGGUGGCCCCGGUGGACCCAUGCAUUCCCGCAACCCCUCCCAGAAUCCCCGGAUGCAUUCAGACAGUUUUGGUCUGGGGGGACCCGGGGACAUUCCUGAGCCUGCCAUUGAUCUUCUCCCAGAGCUGACAAACCCAGAUGAGCUGCUGUCCUACUUGGGUCCGCCCGACCUUCCAAACAACAGCAGCGAUGACCUGCUCUCUCUGUUCGAGAGUAACUGAGUCCUAUCCCAUCAUUCCUCAGCCCUGCGUCACCGUCCAACAGACAGCCUCCCCUGCCCACUCUCGGCCCGCUGCAGGGAGGUUUGUGAAGUGUAACAGAUAUCCAUUCGGGUCUUUGGGCCGAUUCCUCCUGAAGAACGCAGUGACUUGUGGGAAGGUGCAACGGAGGCCUUUUUUUCCUGUGACGAUGUUACUGUCCGUCUGCUUCGCUGAACUCUGUCAAGAUUUUAUUGUGAAUUUCAUUUAGAAAGAGUUCCUUUCUUACGAGCUGCACUCUCAGAUCAUUUGUAGAAAGAUCUCACAUCUGACUCAUGAGCUGUAAAUGACAUUGUGUGUGGGGGGGGGGGGGUGGUGGGGUUGUGGGUCGGGUCCAGGCAUCAUUCGUUUCUCAUCGCAGCAAUCUCGAUUAAACGAGGGACUAACUUUAGUACUGAACUAAAAAGAAAGAAUGCGGGAAGCCAAAGCGUUUUACAAAGCGCUCACUAUUUUAAAACAGUUCAACUUGCUCACGUAUACUGUAGAACACAAACUUAAUUCUCCUAAUAAACAGGAAGACGUGAAGUUUUAUCUUAUUUUGCCCAAAGGCACAGAGCUAGCAUCACAGGUAAAUGACUUGAUCUAAAAUCUACUUGAAGAUGAACUCAAGUGUAGACUUUUCCUUUAAGCAUUUUAAAAUAGACAACCACAUCUGAUGUCGGAUCCUAAACAGUAGCAUUACAGAAAUGCACUAUUAUAUUUUUGCACAAAUCAGGCCCUUCAGACGUUAGCAGGCAGUUUUUUUUAACGGAUUCACACAAUAGAAAUCAAAGGUAAUGAAUUUGUAUUUGUAACACACAAUUGCUCACCUUCAGUGUGUUUUGGCACAAACUCAAACUUUUACACCACACCCUGCUUUCAGAAACGUCCGUUUGCCGUGUUGUUUUCCCUCAGCUUCAUUUGAAAAAUAAGUCUUCCUCCCCUUUCGGGACGAGAGGUCUGUGGGUUUCACUGAUGCUGUUACUAGACUGCAUCUGAAUCCUCUCGAGUCGCACCCUCACUUAAACACACAUUUCAGUUUCCCUUAAAUAUGCAAGCGAGAGAUUUUGGGCUGUUGAAGAAACGUGAUGGCAGAACUCUUUAAAAUCACACAGAGCUCAGACUGCCCAGUAGCAACUUGAUGACAGGUUAUAACCACACAAAGGCAUACAAAGAGGGUAAAACUUGGGCAUUCUGGGACAGAAACUUUCCCGUGAUGAGAUUUGGACAAAUCUGGGUGGGUAGCUAAUGGGAAAUGGACUGACGUUAUACAUCGGUAAACAUUGGGAUUCAUGUGAAAUAUGUACAGAUAUAGUAUUAUUAUUGUUGCAGAUGUGAACUUUCUCUUAACCCCACGAUAUUGAAAAAAAAGAACAUUUGAAACACUGACAAGAGCUCAUGUCAUGCUUUUCAUUCCCCUGGUUUCCAUUCAAUGCUCGGAGAAAGCACGGAGGGGAGAUGAGUCUACUGUUGUUUCUGGUCUUGUCUCAUUUUAUUAUUUAUCAUCGCUCUUCGGGCACUGUUAGCAAAGUGCAGUUUGUAUAUUAACAAUACAGGAAACAUCAGGAGUCCUCAGAUGUGCUUGUUUUUCCUUUGAAGUAAUUUGUGUAUCAUACAAUUUUAUCGUUUGAUUAUAUAAUUGUUAUUAUAAUUAUAAAGACAAUUGAUGGGCCUGUAUGCAUCUCUCUAUCUCUCUCUCUUCUGUGUUAACUAGCAGAGUUUAUGAAUUUGUAAGAAAGAGAAAAAGAAAAUGAAUUCGCCAUCUGAAUCUGUGACCGCCAUCAUGAGAAAUCUGGAGACCAGCAUCAUGUUCACUUGUUGAUCAAACUGUUUGAAAAUAUGUUUGACUUGUCUUGUGUCGGUGGAUCAUUCAGUUCUAUCAAUUGAAUUAAACAUGUACAAUUGAAAUCGAUUUGUUUUCUAAAGAUGUGAAAUAUUUCCAUUAUGUUUUAUAAGUAAAGACUUAAGCCACA